UGGCUGCUUGCAAUCGCCAGUAAGCGAACGGCAAGCCUCUACAGCGAUCGCGUUCUGUGAAACAUAUUUUAUUUAUACUCAUAGUAAUAAAAAUAAUCAUAAUGGGACAAAUGAACGAAGAUCUUAAGAGAGAGCGGGAAAAAUGUAGUUUUAAUAUGAAUGAUUUAAUUAAUCUAAUGGACGGUGGACCAGAUAAGACGAAAAUGAGACGAGAACGAGAGGAUAUUAUGAUUAGUAGAAGGGACGCAUACGCUGACAUACCAGAGGAGUAUUUGAGUUAUAAGGAACAAUAUGAGCAAGCUGUCAAAAAAUCGGCGUACGUCUUUAGUUUGUUGAGGCGACUGCAGCACGAAGGCAAAACCAACCUUCAUAAUUACAGGGAUGUGAUGGCAAACUUCCUGCGCUCCUCUGACGUGGGCACCGGCUUCCCCAUAGCGAUCCAUUACAUCAUGUUCAUACCCACCAUCAUGAGCCAAGCGAGCGAGGAGCAACAGGCGCAGUGGCUGCAGCGGGCCUGGGACUGUAACAUCGUUGGCAGUUACGCACAGACAGAGUUGGGCCACGGUACAUUUAUCCGCGGCUUGGAGACGACGGCGACGUAUGAUCCGAGCACCAAAGAGUUCGUCCUGAACAGUCCUACACUUACCUCCUAUAAGUGGUGGGGAGGUGGAUUGGGUCAAACAGCGAACUAUGCAAUAGUGGUUGCCCAACUAUAUACCAAAGGUGAAUGUCAUGGAGUCCACUUGUUCAUUGUACAACUUCGAGAUGAAGAAACUCACAUGCCUCUGCCUGGUAUAAAGAUCGGUGAUGUUGGCUUGAAAAUGGCUCUUAACGGAGUAAAUAAUGGAUUUCUGGGCUUUAAUAACUGUAGAAUACCCAGAAAUCAGAUGUUGAUGAAGCAUUCUCAGGUAUUGGAGGAUGGAACUUACGUGAGGUCACCAAACAGCAAGCUAAACUAUGGCGCCAUGGUUUUCACACGAGUGGUUAUAGCUUGCGACAUGGUCAACUAUCUAAGUAAAGCGGCAACCAUAGCAGUGAGAUUUUCUGCAGUUCGCAGACAAUGUCAGUCCAAAGCCGGUGAGCCAGAGAGUCAAAUCUUAGACUAUUUGACUCAGCAACACAAACUGCUCCCGGCUGUAGCCGCCUGUUACGCGCUGAAAGUAACUGCCGGGAAACUGUGGGACACAUUCAGUAUUGUUAACGAGGAAAUGAUCGCUGGGAAUUACGAAAGGUUGCCUGAGAUCCACGCCCUGUCCUGCUGUUUGAAAGCCAUCGCCACGCGAGACGCCGCGAGCUUCAUAGAGACGUGUCGAUUGGCUUGUGGUGGUCACGGCUUCACGUACUCCUCCAACCUUCCCGCCACGUACUGUAACGCUGUGGCUGCAUGCACUUAUGAGGGAGAGAACACUGUGCUCUUGCUGCAGACUGCAAGGUUCCUAGCCAAAACAUGGCAGGACAUAGACAACGAGAACGGGAAAUUAACACCAACUGUGGAAUAUUUGAAAACUGCCAAAGUGAAGGGCUAUUCUCACGAAUGGGUGAACUCAGUCGAAAACAUCGUUUACGGAUUCCAAGUUGUUUCUAUGAGGAAAAUUGCCUCUUGUGUAAAGAGUAUGCAGACGAGGGUAGCCUCGGGCGCGACAUUCGAAGACGCGUGGAACAUGGCUUCCGUUCAAUUAGUUUCUGCUGCUGAGGCUCACUGCAGAGUUAUGAUAUUGUCUACAUUUAGCAGUGAAAUCAAGGAAAUGACAAGAACCACGUCAAAGGAGAUAAAGAGAGUGUUAGAGCAAAUUGUGACGCUCUAUGCGGUGUACUGGGCAUUGGAGAGACUUAGUGAUUUACUUCAGUAUACAACAAUAACUGGUGCACACGUGGACAACUUGCGUGCGUGGUAUGAGGAGUUACUCACACAGUUGCGACCAAACGCUGUGGGAUUGGUUGACGCUUUCGAUCUCAGAGACGAGAUGCUGCAGUCAACACUAGGUGCAUAUGACGGUCGUGUUUACGAGAGGCUGAUGGAGGCAGCUCUGCAGAGUCCUCUCAAUGCUGAACCUGUGAACUACACCUUCCAAAAGUAUCUGAAACCGUUCCUGCAAGGAAAACUGUGAUAUUCGACAAAUAAAACAAACCAAUUUUAAAAAGACUAUAAUAAUUAAAGAAAGACUAUAAUUAAAAUAGGUUAAUUUAAAGGUUAUUUAGUUUUAGGGACUAUUUUAUACAGUAGGCGGUACAAUUAAAUAAGUAUGUAGUACAUAUUAAUUGUUGUAGUUAUUGUGCUCGGGAAAACGAAUAGGUUAACUGUAAUGUUUCUCAGGGCAUAUUUCAUGUAAAUAAAUAAAUAUAAAAUUGUUGAAUUAA